AUGAUGAGGGAAACGACUUUAAAUGGAGAAAGCAAUGUUCAUAUGGGUUGCAAGAAAGGGCAAAUCGCUGGAGGAGAGCUUCACGUCAAUUUGGGCGAAGGAUUAGGCAAAGGUAGGGCUUGGUUUGAAAGAAUGACAAGACAACUGACGAUUAGGGGUUAUGGAUUUGAGAUUGGAACAUGUAUCAACAUGGAGGAUGAUGAGUUUCAUGGGGCUCUUGAGUUUCCUUCAAAUGGUUUGAAGAUGAAGCCACAUGGAUGUUUAGCUCAUAGAAUAUUGAUUCAAUGGUAG